GAGGGGGUGUACAGAGGGAGGGGCUUUAGUGGAAAGAAAAAAGAGAAGGUGAAGGGAAAGAAUGCAUUAGACUGAGAGAAAAUAAACCAGACGUCUGCUGGAGAGAAGAUCUCAUUCAAGACGUUAGCAGAAACCAUUCAGACUACUAUCAAACAGGAUCAAGAUGUUGCUGGUGUCACAGGUCAUGUCCCUCCUCCUCCUCCUCCUCUGUGUGAUGGAGCUCGUCUGUGCCACAUCUGUCAGUCCAUCACUGCAUCAGCCUCCUCUCACACGUGUUCGCAUUAUUGAAGUCGAGGAUGACUACGAUGAAGAAAGUUCAAAAACGACGCACGCGCCCCAGUCUCCAGGGGUCACAACCUCUCGUGUAAUCCCCCGACCUUGUGAUUAUGACCCCUGUGUGGUUCAAACGACCCCUUGCGACAAGAUUUCAGCCGAGACGGGCUGCCUCUGUCCUGGGCUGACGGGGCCGGAGGAGAGACCCGGGGCUCCGGAGCUCCGGGAGGUGAAGCUGGAUGGAUCCGGGGAAGUCUUUGUGCAUUGGUGUGCUCCCCGCUCCAACGUCACCCGUUAUGAGGUCACACUGAAAGAUGGAAGCAAGCAGCUGGUUUUCGGUGAAUAUUUAAGAAACGGUGCUGUACCUGGACUGAAAGUCGGGGAGAUGGUGUGUGUGGCAGCCAGGAAUCAAGCAGGACUCAGUGAGAAGUCAUGUGCACGAUACGAGCCGCCGCAACCUGACCAGGCGGCUAUGAGUGCAGGGAUCAUCGCGGGAAGCGUCGGAUUCCUGCUGCUGCUCUCUGUGCUCGCUGUAGUUCUGUGGAGACGAAGGACGUGUCGGAAAGGCAGGAUGGGAGACACUGAGGGCCUCGGAAAUCCUUCGUACACCAAUGACGGGGCACUGUGAUGAAGAAACGAAUGCAUGGAGAAUGAAACAAGCUGCAAAGAGACUGAGUUCUGUACAAGUGCACUAUCGGUCAA